AUGCGGGUUCUUUUUUGGAAUAUAAAUGGAGUUGCACGUGAUGCAGCUCAAUGUAAACUAAAGGAGUUAUUUAGAGAGUUCAAGCCAAAUGUUUUUUGUCUUUCGGAAUCUAAAGUGCACUACUCAGUUGCUUUUGGCAAUAGACUUCAACUUGAAGGUUUUUCUUCUCAUGUUACUCAUAAUGCUACUGCUAAUAGUAUAGAUAAUCUUUGGGUUUGUUAUUUAGAUUCAAUAAGGCCUUCUAUUCUAAAUAGAAGCAAGCAGGCCAUUUCUAUUGAGGUUGAUGGGGGUACUUGUAUUCUUAUACUUGAUGAGAAAAAGGGAGGUCUUGAACCAAGAACUUCGGCUAAAAAUGAGUUUUCAGAUUGGUUAGAUGAGAAUAAUCUCUUUGAGUCUAACUCUUUGGGUACAAAAUUCACUUGGACUAAUAGUCAGUCGGGUACUAAUAGAAUCAUUAUUAAACUCGAUCGUGUUGUUAUUAAUGCUGCUUGGCUUGCGAAGUUUGAUAAUUGGCGGUGUAAAGCUCUUACUAGAGAAGUUUUUGACCAUUCUACUCUCUUGGGUUAUCCUUUUGUGGUUCCUAGACCAAAGAGAGCUCCUUUUUGCAUUCAGAAGAUGUGGUUUUUACAUGAUGAUUUUCUUCGUAUGGUUUCUGAGAGAUGGAAUAUGCCGGCUCAUGGUUCUCUUGAUUUCAUAUUUACUUAUAAGCUCAAGAGAUUAAAAUGGGUGAUCAAGAAAUGGAAUCUUAUGGUUUUUGGUAAUGUUCAUUCUCGUUUGAAGCAAGAUCAAUUGAGGUUUGAAACUGCAGCUCUUUGUUCGGAUGAAGAUCCUAAUGACGUUACCAAACUUAAUGCUAUGAAAGAUGCUAUGGCUAAGCUUAGUGAGACUCGGCUUCAACACAACACUAUGCUUAAACAAAAGGAAAGAAAUCAGUGGCUUGUGGAGGGUUCAAGCAAUUCUACUUUCUUCCAUAAUAGCAUUCGCAUUCGUAGAAGUUCUAAUACUAUUUCUGAAUUAGUAGAUAGGGAUGACCAUACUAUCUCUGAUUAUGAUCUUUUGCGAGACCAUAUUAUGCAGUUCUAUGAAGAAAAAUUUAACGGCCAGGAGACGGUUAUUGAUGCUAGUUUAUUUGAUUAUGAUCAUGUUAGUAUUUCUUAA